GUUCCUGCCUCCCCCGAUUUGCUUUGUUCACGGAAUGAGGUGAUUGCAGUGGAUUGGAAGGGCCUGAAGGAUGUGGACCAAAUCAAUAUGGACAGCACCAGCUCGCUGCACGGGAGCAGUCUCCAUCGGCCAUCUACUGAGCAAACCCGAACGGACUUCUCCUGGGAUGGCAUCAAUCUCUCCAUGGAGGACACCACUUCCAUUCUUCCGAAGCUUAAGCGAAACUCAAACGCCUAUGGCAUUGGGGCCCUGGCCAAGUCAUCGUUCUCAGGGAUUUCCAGAAGCAUGAAGGACCACGUGACAAAGCCCACAGCCAUGGGGCAAGGCCGAGUGGCCCACAUGAUCGAGUGGCAGGGCUGGGGGAAGGCGCCGGCCAUUCAGCCGCAACACAGCCACGAGGCCGUGCGCAGGGAUACUGACGCCUACUCGGACCUCAGCGACGGCGAGAAGGAGGCACGUUUCCUUGCAGGUGUCAUGGAACAGUUUGCCAUCUCUGAGGCCACACUCAUGGCCUGGUCUUCCAUGGAUGGUGAGGACAUGAGUGUCAACUCUGCCCAGGAGCAAUUGGGCUGCAACUACAGUGACAACUACCAGGAGUUGAUGGAGAGUCAGGAUGCCCUCGCCCAAGCCCCCAUGGAUGGUUGGCCUCACUCCUACGUGUCCCAGGGCAUGUACUGUCUGGGGUCGUCCGAUGCCUGGGAAGCAAGCGACCAGUCCCUCAUUGCCUCUCCAGCCACAGGAUCCUAUCUUGGCCCUGCAUUCGAUGACUCACAGCCAAGCUUGCAUGAAAUAGGGCCUUCCCAACCGGCUUCGGGAUACUCUGCUCAGGAGCCUCCUUUGCUGGGGGAAGACACUGACUGGGCUCCAGGGGUGGGCGGGAUGGAUCUAGCAAGGGGCCCUGCUGAGGAGGAGGAGGAGAAGAGGCCACUGGCCCUGGAGGAGGAAGAGGAUGCAGGAUGCCGGGACCUGGAGUCUCUUUCCCCACGAGAAGACCCCGAGAUGUCCACCGCUCUCAGCCGGAAGGUGUCUGACGUCACAUCCUCAGGCGUGCAGUCCUUUGAUGAAGAGGAGGGCGAGGCUAACAACUAGCUUCAUUGCCACGCGAGGCCCUGCCUUCCACUCCCACCUGAGGGGCAUGGCUGUGACAAUACCCUCCCUUCCCCAGCAAUACAGCUGAAACCUGGGCAAAAGACUGCGAGAAGCCCAGGAGCUGCCAGUCCUCGCCAGGAAAAUGGAGGGCCAGGAUGGGAUUUUUAUCCAGGCUUAUGCUGUAGAAACCACAGGGCCGGGGACUGAGGCCCAGGCAACCAGAUGGCAGUGGACUUGACUUGGCUGCGGGCUUCUGGGUCUGUGAUGAUGAGGCUGCAGUUUGUAUCCUGGGGACAGGAGCACAGAACAGCCUGUGGCCAUCGACUGCAUCUCAGCUGUUCACGCCCAGAUUCCGUCUUCCCGGAGCCUUGACUGUGGCUGUCUGAACGCCCCCUUUCUCCAUGUCACUCUUGCUUUUUCCGACUCUGUGUUUUCUCUGGCUGUGGCCCCAGCUUGACCCUACUAUGAGGAACAGACCUCGGGGGCUGUCGAAUGUGGCUCGAUGGGCACAGGGAAGCCACACCUUCUUAGAGGGUGGCAAGUCUGCCCUCAGUGGGUAACUUGGCUUCUGAGGCCAGGAUUCAUGGGGGAGGUGGGUGGAUGUGGUUGCUGGGAGGCACAGGGGCACAAACAGGAGUCUUUAUAUAAGGCCCAACCCAGAGAUCAGAGAGUCACUGAUGGGACCAAGAACAAACAAGGCCACCGGCCACCGGUUCUGGGAUCUUGAGUAUCUUGUGGCUGAAAGGAGGGUUCUAAGGGUCUGGGAAAAGACCCGGUGAGGUGGCUGCUCCAGCUCUCGCUUCCUUUGUCUGCCUUCUCCCAGCCCCUGCUCUGGGAGCCCCCACCCUGAGGAGGGGACACGGAGCGCAGGUGUCCUGCCCGGAGGGGAAGCGUGAAGGCUGUGCCUCCCUCCAUCUACCCCCGAAUUCUCUGGAGCUGUUUACACUUUUCUCUUUGCCUUUUCUACAUUUUUAUAACUUCUUGGGGACUCAGGUUGAGUGGAGUGAGGAGUCUGGUGCUGUCAGGCCCCCCGCCAGGUGGGUUGUUUGCUGAGGAGCUGCGUGGGCACUUGGCUCCUUUCUCCCCACCCCCGUCUUCAGCUCCUCCCAGGAGGGCCUCACAGGCAGCCUCCCGCCCUCCCUCGAUGGGUUUACAGUGAUGCAUAAGCCCCUGAAACUGCUUGCCCUCCCACACUCAGCACAUAAAAGCCCCGACACUUCUGUGAGGGAUUCUGACGACAGGGACAGGGACAGGCUAGCGCGAGGAAGUGGCAACUGCGGGGCACACUGCCCCUCCCUGCUGCCGCGGGAUCCCAUUCCCUAGCCCCUGACAGAGGGAGAACCUGGGGAGCAGUGAGAAGCUAAGACGUUCGUUCAUUGCCUACCUUCCCUUUUUCCUGUCUGUCUCCAGCUCCAAGUCCUCCUGCCCUACCCAAACUUCAUCGGGGGUCCUACCGCUUGUGUCCUCUGCCAAAAAGCGAGCACUGUCACCUCUCUCAGACCCUGGGCACAAACUAUCCCUGCCCCCACCCCAGAGGCCUAUUUCUUUGGAAUGAGGAGGUUGAGAGUUGGGGUGUUUCUGUCCAUCUAUGACCCUACUCCCCCUCCCCCCCAUGAAGUUCACACGUUCAUACACGCCUGCACCUGACAUGCAACCAAGGCUGGGGUCCCAUGUCCUCAGGGGAGGAGGUCAGUUGUUGGAGUAGACAGAAGUAUGCAUGGUGAGCCAGGGGGGUGAACCGCUUACCUCAUUUAAAGCUGUGGCUUGUGUGAUCAUGUGACCUGACUCGCAAGGUCCCAGGACCUCCUGUCUAGGAGCCCUGGCAAGCGGCCUUGCGCCCAUGCCCUGCACUCCUGCUGCAGGUCUUGGGGCUCUGCAUGCAUGCUCAGGGGGGUCCCUGUUUCCUCGCCUGGAGCAACUUGCUCUCCCUGUGCACCAUCUUUUCCUCUGAGUCUCAUCCCCUUCGUGCCCCGUAUUCUGCCCCCAGACCGCAGUGGACAUCCACUCCAGGGAGUGGGCUCAUUCAUCACAGUUCCUUUUUGCUCAGGGCCCUGGGGAGUUAACGGGAGGUUAGACGAAAGCAACGUUCUUUCCUCCUUGCCUCCUCGAGGAAGCCUUCCUUCGGUUCCUGCCCAAGGAGGACUGAACUGUGAAGGAAUCGAGCAGUUAAGACACCAGCAGGGCUCCACAUCCCCAGCGCGCUGGCGGCUGGCAUACGUGCAGACCAGAGGUCAGCUGAGGGUCUGCAUUUGCAAGGAGCUUCCCUCCCACUCUGAAGAGGGAGAGGCCCCAGGGAGCUGGCCUGGGACCCUCUUAGGACUCUUCGGGAGGAAGGAACUGCCUCUGGUGCUGGGGGCAGGGUGCAUGGGGUUUGCUUAUAGCCUUUUUGGGGGGAGGGGGAGCAUGUGCAGGAAGAGGCUGUUGGGGUGGGGGAGGGUCGCUUUUCCUUUGGGGUUAAAGGCUGUGCAGCACGAUUUACAACAGUCCGGGAACAGGGCUGUCUUUACAUUAUUGUGAAUGAAACUGCUCAUGCUACAUGAUUUUCUUAUGGUGGGGGGGAGGGGGUGCACUUUUAUUUUCAAUUCAGUUUAUUAAAGGAAAACCCAAAUCUUCCAUUAUUCCCCUUCCACUGCCCCCCUUCCCGGAACCCCACCCCAUUCCUUCUUAUCCUUGUGUUAAGGAGGGAAUCCUGGUGAAUGAGUUUAAGACCUUCUCCCUGCCCCCACCUAUCAGCCCAUACUCGUCUUCCAGGUCUGGGGAAUUAAUCCAUUUUUAUGGCCAGUCUUAGCAUGUAUUCUUAAUGUGACGUCCCCACCCCAGGCCCAAGAGAGAUUCUAUGACAUAUAUUACAGAGAGAAUUAUAUAUAAAUAUAUAUAAAUAUUAUAGAGUAUAUACACGUGGGCAUGGGCUUGAAUGCCCACUGCCAGCCCCCUCCUCAGGUUGCAGCCUCUCUCUCUUGGCCUGGGGAGGGGGCAGGGAUGGAACGCUGGGGGGGCUCCAGGCUAUGUUCAACGGCACUAAACAGAAUGUGGUGGCA